AUGCGUUUUUCUACAUUGCUUCGAUCGAUUAUUAAUGUAACAAGAACUGUUUCGAAGACAACAUUUCGAAGAUAUUCAGUUGUAACUAAACCAUUAGUUACUCCAGAAUCAUUAUUAGUUUAUAGUAAUAGUGUUCUGAUAUUAUCAUUAAAAUUACCAUCACGUCAAGAAACAUGUCGUUUUCAUCUUGAUUUACAAACAGCAACAGUUGGUCAACUCAUAAAUGAAAUCAAAUCUGAAGAUACUGGUAUUGAACAUGUUCAUAUCUAUGAUGAACAUGGUCAUUUAUUAGCUAAAUCAUAUUCAAUAAAUUCUCUAAUGAAUUCACCAUUUACAAUACGAUUAAAUCAACAACGUACAUUUCUUUUUGAUCCAAUUAAAAACAUACAAAUUAAAGAGAAUAUUAUUAGACAAAAUAAAAUUGAUGGUCCAUCAACUGAAGAUACAGUUGCUGCACUUUAUUAUGCAUUAAAUGCUAUGAAUAUUUAUCAUAAUAAAUAUCUUGAAUUAACAAAUGAAGCAAAUGAUUUAACAAUACAACUUGAACAACUUGAAAAAGUUAAAAACAAAUUAGCUAAUAUAUGUCAACGUUAUGUAUCUCGUUAUAUAUGGUAUGGUUUAGCUGGUAUGUCAUUUCAAGUUGGUAUUUUAGCUGAACUUACAUGGGAUGUUUAUUCAUGGGAUAUAGUUGAACCUAUUUCAUAUUUUAUUGCUUUUGGUACGGCAAUGUCAUUUUAUGCAUUUUAUUUAAUGACUCGUUCUGAUUUUGAAAUUAUGACAAUGACUGAUCGUUUAUUUCUACGUAAAUUUUAUAGUGAAGCUCAUCAUCAUUCAUUUGAUAUUUCUCUUUAUAAUCAAUUAAAAAAUCGUCUCUUUAUUGUACAUACUGAUUUAGCACGUUUACGUGCUCCAUUAUUAUUAUCAUUACCUGUUCCACCAAAUCCAAUAAAAUGUAAAAUUAGUGGUGAAGAGUUGAAUUCAUUAAAUGUCUAUCGUACAAGACGAAAAAAUUAA